AUGACUACAAGGAACGAAAAGAAAAAAAGAGCAUUCUUUUUCUUCAUUCUCACACCCUCUCGUUUUUCUCCUCACUUUCUCUGCAACAUUAUGGUUUCUUUGACCUGUGUUCUUUCUUUCGCUUUCCUUUUUUAUAGCAUUUUUUUUUCUUAUUUUUUCAACGACAUUCUUUUUCUUUUUUUUUAUUUCGUUUCUUCACAUUUUGUACGUUCCAUUCAUCCAUCUUUUUCUGUAACACGUUCCGUUUUAUUUUUUUGUUGUACCUUUUCUUUAUUAUCUAUGCUUUUCUUUCUUUUAUCUACUUUAUUACCUACAUUUUUCUUUCCUUUAUCUACGUUUUCUUUAUUACCUGUGUGUUUCUUUCUUUCUCGAGAGUUUUCUUCACAUUUUAUACGUUUUCAUUCUUUUCAUCUUGUUCUAGACGGCAUAUAUUUUUCUGUUCUUAUCUUCACGUUUUUAUCUUUUUUUCUUUACAACAUUUUUGAUCAUUUAUUAUGUUUCUCGAUAUUUUUAUUUUUUACUCUUUUUUUUCGCAUUUCUUAUUCCCUAACUUUUCAAUUUUUCUCCUCUUUUUCCUCCUCCUUAAAUCAUAAUCUUGGUUCUUGCUAUUAUUGUACACGAUAUUAUUCUCUUUACCCUCUUUCUAUACCUUCUACAUUUCCAAAUACUCCCCCUCUUCCUUAUUCUGUCUUCUUGCAUUGGCGCCUCUCUUUCACACCUCUUCUGUUUCUUCUUUAUCCUCUUCUCGAACCCAUUCUCACGCCCACGUUCAUUAACUCAGAUCUCAUCAGUUUCUCUUCUUCAAUCGCUUCUUUUCUUGACACGUUUUUCCGAAGUCCUUACUCUUCCUGCUGCCCUAGAAUUUCUCACAGUUUUUCAUGUGUAAUUCGUUUCUUUACACUUAACCAAUGUCAAUUUAGUUUAGAUUUCAGUCACUCUUUUUUGUUUUUUGUCCCCAACUUAAUUGUGUUUUUGUUCUUUUCUUUUUCAUUUCCUCUGCCUAAUCGUCCUCCCCAAUUUCUUUAUUACUACCGUCACUCUCAUUCCCUUCUGUCAGUCUUUGUAACUUCGCUUUUCGUUCAUAUUUGUCUACUUUCACAAUUUAUGGAGCCGUUUCUCCAUCGUCCACCUCUUGCGACUAUUUCAUAUUUAAUAACAUUCAUUCGCCGUCUGCGAUUUCGUUUUUUCUCUUUCCUAGUUUCAGCAAUUUCUCUUUUCAGGUUUUCAUUUUCAAACUUCUUCCUCUGUCCAUUUUCUUAUCUAUCUACCAACAUUAAUACAACAGUUUUCGUUUUCCUGUCCACACAAUUUCCCAUUUUCAGUUUUCUUUCCAAACAAUCGCAUCUUUUCAUUCUUCCGAAUUUAAGUUUUUGUUUUCUUUUUCUCUUUCUUCCUACACCAUCGUUUUUAAUCACCAUUUCUUUCGCUAGUCUUUCUUUUUCCUCUCUUCAAUACCAGUUGGCGUCUCAAUAG